GGCUGCCUGGGACGGAGGGUGGGUGGCAGUUAUAAGUGCCCAAUCUCAGCUCACUGACAGAGAGAGAGAGAGAGAGAGAGAGAGAAAGAGAGAACUCUCACUCCACUCUGCACCUUUAAUCACCUAGCGUAAAAGAAGUACACUUCUGCUUCUUCCCUCCAGUUGGACUUACAUAUGGAAGAGCUCAGCACUGUAGACAGCAGAUCAGCUUUCUCCCAGACUCCACGUGGAUGUUCCCAGAGGGGCUGAUGGUGAGCUUCGUAGAGCAGCCCUCUCCAUUAGUGGCGGUGUGGCCCGCGAGAGAGCCUCCCUCUGCGGCCGUCGUCCCCGCGAGAGGCAGCUCGUGCGCGCAGAGAGCCAGGCGGAUGGAGAGGGGGGCAUCGGAGGCGGGCGAGCGUUCCAGGAAGCUGGCCCUUCUCUCUCGCUCCCUCAUCAUCUGCAGCUCCAGGACCAGCGAUGAUGCUGCCAGCCCAGAGAAGGCGGACGGCUACAGGGAGCGGCUCGGAGUGCACCAGGGAACCCCCUGGGAACGAGCGCCAGGGUUUCCCGAAAAGGAUCUUAGCAGGAGUGCCAGCCUGCAGGCUCCAAGGAGAUAUGAGGACUCUAAGAAGAACGUGAGGCGAUCCUUCUCCAUCAAGGAGAGCAGUUUCUGGAGAAUGUGCGUGGCUGCCGCAGAAGAGAGGUGCCCAGUGGAGCCUCCAGUGGGCGAUAACCACCUCCAAUCUGGUGACAAUGUCAUUGCUCUCAGCCAUGUGCGAAAUGGUGGGCAGUUAUGCAGGGACACUUACAUCCACUGUGGUGAGAGGCUGGCCCCAUUUAAUGGGCAGGUAAUAAACGGCCACACGAAGCUCGAGCCUGAGUUGGAGAGACAGUCCACAAUGCACGCCGUCUUCAGAACAGCCAGUGCUGAAGUUUUCUCCCCGUGCGAGAUGAAUGGGCCGGCUCUGAACGGCAGCUUCAGUGAUCCCUUGGCCUACAGAGAUGAUCUGAGGAACAGCACUCACAUGAAGGCACCCAUUAUACAGGUAUCAGAGGUUAACAACAAAAGCUGUGAGUUGGAUAUCAAAGAGGAAGACUCCCAAGGAAUAGUUUGCAAGAGGAAUCGCUCCAGCUCCACAAGUGUCCAUCCGUACUGGAUCGGAGACUUGGACACCAUCAUCGCGAAGACUCCAGAACUGUUUCCCUGCUGCAGCCAUGGCACUGCAGGCUUCUAUGGCAACAGGAAGUCUCUCUCCCAGCAGCUGGAAUUCCCUCACAGCGUUCCACAGGCAGUACCUCGCCCCUCUCGCUCGCUUAGCUCGGCCCAUUUGGUUCAUUCCUGUAGCAGUGUGCAAGCAUUCAUCAUCUGUAACAUAGUCUUAAUGAAAGCACCCGGCAAGGGUCUGGGGUUCAGCAUCGUGGGAGGUCGUGACAGCAUCUACGGCCCAAUGGGAAUCUAUGUCAAGACCAUCUUCCCUGGCGGAGCGGCUGCAGCCGACGGGAGACUACAGGAAGGAGAUGAGAUUCUGGAGCUGAAUGGAGAAUCUCUGCAUGGUCUUAAACAUGACGAUGCAUUACACAGGUUCAAGCAAGUGAAGAAGGGUCUGCUGACCCUGGUGGUGAGGACCAGUCUGCGGUCAGGAGCCCUGUCUGGCAGCCAGACACAGGUGGCCCAGCUGUGCCGCUCCAGAUCCCUGAGCUCAACCACCGGCAUCAGCAGGGCCAGCGCUGACCUGGCUGAUCGUACCUGCUUCGGCAACCCAGCCAAGCCUCGGGAUCGCAUCAUGAUGGACAUCACUCUACAGAAGGAGAAUGGUGUGGGCUUGGGUAUCGGGUUGUGCUGUGUUCCAUCUGCUGAAGGCUGCCCUGGCGUCUACAUUCACACCCUGUCGCCGGGCUCCGUGGCACACAUGGAUGGCCGUUUGAGAUGUGGUGAUGAGAUCGUGGAGAUCAAUGACACAGUGGUCUGUAACAUGACGCUGAACGAUGUGUACACAGUUCUGAGCCAGUGCAACCCGGGUCCAGUUCAGGUCAUCAUCAGUCGCCACCCCGACCCGAAAGUUUCAGAACAGCAGCUGAAUGAGGCCAUUGCUCAGGCAGUAGAGAACAGCAAACUGAAGCGAGACAAGAGUCAGUGGAGUGUGGAUGGUCUGAGACGGUUGGACCCCUGCUCACAUGGCAGGCAGAAAUGUGAGCGCUGCCUGGAUCGGAAUCACAGCCAACUGACCAGCAGACGGGUCCAGAAGCCAAUGGUCCGCUCCUGCAGCGAGGGUGCCUACAGCCAGCGCUGCGCCCCGCCCGGUACCACCACCCCAAUGUACCACCCUUACCCCGAACGCAUCACCAGGGUGCACAGCAUAGACGUCUCCAUGACAGCCGGCUGCGAGGUCCCGGCCAACGGCAGGCUGUCCUUGACGUGCGUGGACGAUGACUACAACGUCCCUCACAGCUUUGCGGCGAGCCCGGCUGGCCAGCUGGCGUUUAGACAUGACUGCGGAUAGGGGGAGGGGUUCAGGGCAAGGCCACGGUCCCUGCCACGGAGGUACUGCCGCCAACAGGAUGUCACCAAGGAGGAGGCGUUCACCGACUCGAGUGACUCCAGUCGAGGUUCACCAGUGAAGGUGGAAGAACCGCUGCCUUCGCAAAGCUGUCAGUUGUUCUGCAGUUUAUACAAGGCUUUGAGAAAGAUCUCAAGUCUUCUCUUUAAGAAUGAAGUGGGCGAGCGUUUGGAGGGAACAGAUGCAAUAUUCUCUGAAUGUAUCGUUGCCGCCGCGAAUGACAGCACAGUGGGGGAGAGCAAACAACUCAGAGACUUGGAGUCCCCCAGUCAAGUUUGCAGUCCAACUAAGAGAGCUGUCCUGAGACGGCAAGGCUGUGUGGAAUCGAACCCUGAUCAGCAAACCGACCCCUGGAUUAGAAGAUUAGCAGACAACCCUGAAAGGUACCUGUGCCAUCCCAAAACCAUGAGCGACCACAACAGGAAUAACGAGAUCAGCGGCACAGUCUCUGAGACUGCGGACAGCUUGAAAUCUGAGGAAAAGAAGGGGCCCCCCGUAGCCCCCAAACCUGCUUGGGUACGCCAAGGCCUCAGGAGUAUUAAAUAUGGACAGUCGCCAGCCGAGGCAUUUAAGCCCCCAGGCAGUAGGGGCCAGGAUGUUGGAAAGACUUUUGGAGUUAGUCUUAGGGCCACUUCAUCUGCAGCCAAUCUAUCAUUUAAACAAAAGCUCAGCUCGUUCGAGACUUUUUCAAAUACUGACGUGGCAGAGAAGACUAGCAGAAAGCACGCCCCAUCCUCUUUACUUCCACGGAUGGAGAGAGGCCAGGCUACGGUUGAGAAGGCAAAGCCGGAAGACCCCAACAACACAAGGAAAAGUGGAACCACCGAGCUCAACAAGGAGGACAACGAAAAGGCAUCCUCCGGUUUUGCAUUUCCACUCACAGUCGAGUCGCCUUCUGAAAUUGAGCAAGCAUCCUCUGAAAAAUCAGAUGUUGUCCCAAAGACCAGCAAUCUGAAUGCGGUUGAAAAGACAUCCGAUGAUUCCACCAGCCCUCCGGCAGAGCCUCCAUCUGCUGUUGAAGAUGAGGAGGAAAACUCGAAAGACUCGACAGCCCUCGGUCACUGUCCCAGAAGAUCCAGCAGUUCUAAAGAUCCUCCCUCGGAAAAGCCCCCCUCGCCAGAGAGCUCCAGCAGUCACGCUGCAACCCUAAGAACCAGAAGUCUACCCUUGAAUGCUUCAGAUGGCCACAACCAGGGUGGACUGGAAGGGGACAGCCUUGAGAUCAUCCUGUCCUUCAGCACCCAGGUGUCCUGUGCCCUGAUGCGUUCCAUGCAGUCUCUUCCACACUCCCCAUGCCCCAGCCUCAGCAAUCCAUGGGGUGCCAUGCCUGGAUCUCACCCUGACACCACAGAUGAAGAGAGUUUGUUGGCUGAGAAGCUUCCAUUCUCCCCUGUGCCAGACAGCAGUGAAAAAGGCUUCUCUGUGAGCCUUGCUGAACUGAGAGAGUGCACUAUUGAGAGAGGAGAAGAGUCUGAGAAAGAGGACCGUGGCCCCGAGCGACCCCUGACCACACCCUCCGCAGCGUGCGCCCAAUCGGUGAUCUCAGCCCUUCCGCCUCAGGAAAUCCAGAAGAUGAUACAAGAGGUGAAGGAUCUCGACGAGGACACCUUAAAGCAACUGGAAGACAUCCAUGUCGUGAUUCUGCAUAAGGAGGAAGGUGCUGGCUUGGGUUUCAGCAUCGCUGGAGGUAUCGAUCAGGAGAACAAAGCGACUACGGUUCACAAGGUCUUUCCCCACGGUCUAGCGGCCCAGGAGGGCACCAUCGAGAAAGGAGACGAGGUGCUGUCCAUUAAUGGGCAGACGCUGAAGCACGUGAGGCACGGCGAUGCCACGGCGACGCUCCGGCAGGCGCGCGACCUGAAGCAGGCCGUGGUGGUGGUGUGCAAGAGCAGAACAGCGGGGGCCGACGGGGGCACGAGCACUAACGAGCCCGGCUGCGCAGAUGAAGGUGGCGAUGUCCUCACCCUGGAGUUGGAGAAGAACGCGGGUGGAGUAGGGUUUAGUCUGGAGGGAGGAAAAGGCUCCAUUCAUGGAGACAAACCCCUCAUCGUCAGUAGAAUUUUCACAGGCAGCUCAGCAGAGCAGAAGGGCCUACAGGUUGGUGACGAGCUGCUACAGGUUGAGGACUCGGUUCUGCAAGGCCUCACACGCUUGGAAGCCUGGACCCUCAUUAAGGGCCUUCCCGACGGUCCGUUCACAAUCAGUUUUGGAAGAAAGAAAGAUGAACAGAGCUAAUUCCCAGUUGUUUUCCUAAAUCACUGUUAAAAAACCCAGAAAUGAAGCAUGAAGAAAGUUGGGCAUAAAUUAAGCCUCGUCUUGAUGUCUAGUGGAAUUCGGUCCAAAGCUAAUGAAAUGCUCUAAAGCCGUUUAGCUGAAUGCAGCCUUAGAUAAACUUAAUCUAUUUUCCAGAAGCUCUGUGCUUCUCUCAGAAGGAAGUGUUUUGCCAUGCUGUGGGGUCAUUGCCAUUUGUUGACCGUAGAUUUGGGGUUGAGUUGUAGAAAAACAAGAAAGCAAAAAAAAGGAGAAUAAUUCUGCUUUAAAUUUUUUAGCCAUGCUACCACUUGUUGAAUCAUGUAAAGACGAAUUUAAGCCUUUACCAUAUUAAGACUAACUUUUCUCUCUCUCUCUUUCAUAUAUAAAUAUAAAUAAAUGUCCAAGGCCAAGUUGAAUCUAAUCCAGUGUACAGAGAGCUGGCCCAUUCUGGCGUUAGACGCCAGUACUGGUGUACUGUACACCUGAAACCAAGCGAAUGUUUUUUAAAAAUAUAGUUCUUGUAAACAUUGUUUCAAAAUGUGAUUUCUAUACAUUGAAGUUCUGAACAUACACAUACUGCCUUUGUACUGUUGUACAGCCAUGGUCAGAUUCCUCUGAACUGGAUUCCUCUUGUUUGUCUGUUUUAAGAGUCUUGCAUGCACCCUGUAGAUGGAGAUCUAAAACUAUUUGUAUGCUAUCUAAACAUUUAACUAGAUCCUCAUCUGAUAUCCUUAACUUUGAGUAUGAGGCUCAUAUGAGGCUUUUCACACACAUGCAAAAACCAAACACAGGGCAUAAACUAAAUGUUUCCUCUCAACAAAUGCAAUAAUUUCAGACACACAGCAUUGUUCCUCAUUACAAUAAUAGGAAUUGUAUUUAUUUUUUAGGUUCUUAAAAGCAAUGGUACAUCAAAAAUGAUUCAAGUUCCCAUUAAAGACUGGGUGUUAUUAAUCUUUUCCUUUUGUACAGAGUAAGUUCCUAAUAAAUAAGAAGAUACCUUUUGAA